AUGGAUCCACGGAAAUCUUCGGGAUUGUUCGCACGUCUUUGGUCACUAGUCGUUUUAUAUGACAAUUUCGGCCUGGAACUGUAUGACCAAAUCACGGCGGUUGAGGACUAUUAUCCCUUUGCCACCGAGUUGGCAAUCCUACGGGCCAAGAGUCGUGAAAUCGCUUGUCGGCUCGGUGGAUUUUCGACUGCUUCAACGUCCAAAAUGAAUGAAACUCUGUUGGUAGACGCAGACGGACGAGAAGAGAUAAAUCAGGCAGGUUCGGACGCUGGCUUGAGAUUUGUUAAGCCUCUGGCCGCAGUGCCCGAAGAUUCCUCGUCCUCUCCCGCGAAGGCCACUGGAUUUUCCCUUACAAUUAUCGAGCUGGGGGCUGGUUCGUUGAAAAAAACUUCACAUCUAUUGGACAAUGUUGCUCGACUUCUUCGAGAUCGCGAGGGUGAAGCUCGAACCGGGCCGUAUAUGUCGCAAGCGGAAUAUUAUGCACUCGAUCUAGAGAUGGAGCAGUUAAGGUCGACUUUAUCGGCGAUCCAAUUGCCGGAAGAUAGUGGAGUAGGACCGACAGUCGGAAAGCAGGUUCAAGGUCAUGGUAUCUGCGGGACUUAUACCCAAGGCUUGGAUUGGAUUUACAAGUCGCUGACUACGAGUAGUCAAGCGGAGUCUGUGGAGCUUGGAAAGGCCGGAUGUCGCAAAGCUAUCCUUUGGCUAGGAUCUUCUAUCGGCAACUUUUCUCCUGCAGAAGCCGUUAAAUUUUUGAGAGAGGAACUCGGCCGAGCACUGGAUAAUGACACUCGAGUAUUGAUCGGGAUCGACAAUUGCCAAAUACCAGAAAAGGUUCAACUCGCUUAUAAUGAUCGACAAUCAGUCACCAAGAAGUUCAUUCUGAAUGCGAUUACAGUCGUCGCUCGCCGUCUGGGUGUGCCUGAAGCCGUCUUGAGCCUUGAAGAUUUUGACUACGUCUCACGGUAUAAUGAAGGUAUGAGUCGGAAUGAGGCUUAUUUGCGGGCUAGACGGGAUAUCAAUUUCGAAGUCACGUCAGUCGAAGGAAUCGGCACCGCAGUUGAAAGUAGUUUGAUCCAAAUCAAGGCAGACGAAUUGAUCCUGGUGGAAAGGUCUUAUAAGUUUUCGCCCGACGAUGCCUAUCGAUUGUUUGAUCAAGCGGGUCUGCGAGUCAUACAGAAAUGGAGUGAUUCACCUGACCCAGUUGCCCCGACACACACACUCUACCUCAUAGAACGUGCGGCGUUUCAUUUCUUUCGCACGGCGCCAUGGCCUUCUAUGGGAGAUCUUCCGCUAUCUCCGGCUGAUCGGCCGGUAAUUCACAAGGAAGCCUCACCUAAUUGGCAACUACUCGUGCAAAUUUGGGAUACAAUGUCAAAACAUUCUUUACCAAUCCGGAUGUCAGACGGUCAUCAGCACAAAUCUCCAAACACAUCUUUUUAUUCUGAGGGAAAAAAUUCAUCCAUCGGGUCGGCGGAUUUGAGUUCGACAACUAGUGGGGGAUUGCCCUCCAUGUCAGACUGGAUCACCUUGUGGAAAGCAUGGGACACGGUAACAAUAGAAAUGAUUCCUAGAAAUAUGAUGCAUAAAAAACCCAUUGAUUUACGACAUGCUUGCUUUUUUUAUCUGGGCCACAUACCAGUGUUUGCAGACAUCCAUCUUAGUCGAUACUUCAAUGUAGCAACCGCGGAGCCUCAACGGUUUGCAGAGAUUUUCGAACGCGGAAUCGAUCCCCACUUGGACGAUCCCAGCAAAUGUAACGAUCAUUCUCCGUUUCCCGAUCAAGAGAAUGAAUGGCCAUCCUUCGAAGAAGUGAUUGCAUUCCGAGAUCAAUUGCGAACAAGGCUUACGGAAGUUUAUGAAGGACUUGGAAAAGAAUUUAUAGGGAGUAAGAUUUUGCUGACAAGGAAGCUGGGGAGGGUUUUGUCAAUGAUAUACGAGCAUGAAGCUAUGCAUCUUGAGACACUCCUGUAUAUGUUGCAACAGACAGAUUUCUUUAAUCCUCCCCCUGGGUUUACGCCGCCUGAUUGGGACUCCUUGGCUCGUGAAUGGGAUUGUACGGUAACUGCUCAAAGUGAAGCGUUCGGACUGAUUGAAUACUCGACUCCGCAAACAAUUACUGUGGGGCAUGAUGAUCUGGAGGAAGAAGAUUCUUCUAAACCAUUUUCUGAAGCUCACGAGUAUGGAUGGGACAAUGAAAGUCCUUCAAGGCAGGUGGAGGUGAAGCCUUUCAAACUCGAAGCAGCACCCAUCACCAACCGCGAAUACCUCGAAUUUAUCCUCCAAGGGCUUUCUAAUUUCAAACCCAUCGACGAUCAUGCGAUUCCUCAAUCAUGGAUUUAUGUCUUCGACCCCAGCGAACAGGAGUCGAAGAAACAUCAAGUCCAGAUCAAGACAUUCUAUGGGCGGAUACCUUUUGUUGUUGCGAAGCAUUGGCCGGUGCAAGCCUCGGGACGCCAGCUAGAACGUUUCGCGAAAUGGAAAGGCGGCCGGUUGCCGACUGCAGAUGAACUGAGGGUAUACCUUUCCGACAACCCGAUCAGUCAGUCCGUCCAAAGUCCCAUUGGAUUUCUCAACUGGCACCCCCUGCCACCUCAACGGCCGCGCAAAGGUGCCGAUGGACGGUGGCGAGGAGGCUGGAACGGCGGAGUUUGGGAGUGGACUUCUACGACCUUUGAGCCUCAUCCGAACUUCAAACCUAGUCUCUUAUAUCCCGGUUAUUCGAAAGACUUCUUUGACGGUGAGCACAAUGUCCUGCUGGGUGGCUCUUGGGCAACGAUCCCACGAAUUGCACAUCGGCAAAGUUUCGUUAAUUGGUAUCAGUUUAAGUAUCCAUACGUUUUUGCGGGAGGCCGAGUUGCUUAUGAUUAUUGA